AGCGUCCUCGCCUUGGCAACCGGCCCCGCAUCACAGAGCGAUCCACUGGUGUUUAUUUUUAGAAGCUCUCGGCCGCUGCGUGCUACCCUCGUUCAACACACACCCCAUGCUCCUCCGGUCAAUAAUUCAUACGCUGUAGGCCUGCAGCGAAGAGUCAGAGAGCAGGCUGCAACAACUCCGAGCCGCAGGACGCCAACGAGCGCACAGGGCGCACCGCCGGACGAGCGAUGCACCCCAAACCGAUGAGGCAGCAAUGUACACAGCAAAACGGCAGCCAACGAGCCACAUCUACGAGGAAGUUCUCCAGCUCUCAGAGAGCCCAGACCCGGGCCUCCAUGAUCACAGAGUACCAAGAGAGGUUCCUUCCCCCACGCUGCCACACGGCUGUCGUCUCGACCACGAUACAGAAAAACCCGUACCAUCCACUGAAGGGGAUGAAUUCCGAUAUGACCACUUUUAGAUCAUACUAUGUGACCCACAAAUGGAUAAAAGGUCCACCAAAGGCCCCAAAGCCACCUACGCCACCCAAAGGCCAACAGAGAUGCAGCAGCGCUCCACACAAUCCUGUACGCUCUGAAGCAAACCAGAUGCCGUCCAAGGUGGAGGACUACAUAUCAGUGUACCAAAACGACUUCCGCGCAUGGAAAGUAAACAAGCGGCAGCCAUAUAAGUUGAAUGACAGCUUGAAAAUCAACCAAGGACUAGUUGUCAGUGCUUCCAAAGAAGGAAAUUCUGUUCAAGCUGCAGCUAACUCUAAGCCGGACCCACAGGUGCGAGAACCACGACCUUUUGAAAGCGUCACCAGCUACAGGUCUGAUUAUGUCAUCCAUCCACUGCAGCCCAGGACUCGCAGCGAGAAGCCUGUGUACAAAACCAACACAGGUCUGACAUUAGAGCACGCAGCGCCCUCAAAGCCAAAGGUGGCUUGGGACAUAAACCAAGAACUUUUUGACGAAACCAGUGAAUUCUUUCGGCAAUUCAAGACCUGGUCCCUUGAAACCAAGUUCCAUGGCCAAGGCAAAGCCAAAGAGUCCAGUCCACCAGCAGAUCACAACAACUUCCUCUCCACAACACAUGCGGACUACACGGCACCCAAGUGCCAGCGCACCAAACCCAUCCAGCCAUCUAUGCAAACCAGUGAGAAAAGCAAGGAGCUCUUUCAGGCAACGACUACCAUGAAGGAUGAUUAUAAAGCUUGGGACACACCGCAAAGCAUCACCACUGUCCGUAAUGAACAGCAGGACUGGCCCAAGAGAACCACCUUUCCAGUGAGCACACCCAAGCCUGCCGAGAGCUGCAAAACAAACCCAAAGCCUUUUAGCCUUCAACCCAAAUUGAGUGAGACUGCAGUCUGUAAUUCCAGCUGCAAUGCCACCCAGAAACCUCAGUGUCCUGCUGAGAAUGGAGCAUUUUUCAGCUUUGAAUGCAUCUCCCCUGGGAAUAAAGAAUCCAGGAGGUACUGGACCACCUCUUUGGACAGAGGAGUGAUUUGGCCCGAUGGUGACAUUUGUGAGGAGCCAUCUGAGGCCCACCAAAUAAUCAGCUGCAUGGUUUCUAGCAGAAACUAAGGUUUCUUAGAGACCAGGCUGAUGACAAGAUGUGGUGCCGCCACACAUUACCUCUGGCAGUUUCUACCUUCAUGCCAAUAAAAGCCAUAAAUGGAACUGA